GAAGAAGAAAUUUGCUUAUCAGUUUGAAAGUAGCAGCUUCUUCGGUAAUGCCCAGGAAAUUUCAUGAACCACUCAAACCAUCUUGAUCCACUUCCUUAAUAUAAAGCUCUCUACUCACAUGUCUCUCUGCACUCAAUAACUCUGACCAUUCUUCCUUCAAACAAGCUAGCAAGGUUUCAAUCUCUUCCAUGGCCAUCCCAAAUGUCUCCUCCUCCUCCUCCUCCUCUUCUUUCCCUCAAUGUAAUCAUGACGUGUUUCUGAGUUUCAGAGGGGAAGAUACCCGCAAUACCUUUACCGGUCAUCUAUAUAACGCUCUCGUUAUAAAGGGGAUCAAAACCUUCAGAGAUGACGUGGAUCUUCAGAAGGGAGACGAAAUCUCCCCAGUACUUUUGGAAGCCAUCGAACAAUCUAAGAUUUCCAUCAUCGUCUUCUCCAAGAACUAUGCCACUUCCACGUGGUGCUUAGAUGAACUCGUCAAGAUUCUCGACUGUCGGAAAUCAAUGGGCCAAAUGGUUCGACCCAUUUUCCACGAUGUGGAUCCUUCAGAUGUGCGGAAACAGUUUGGAGAAGUGAUGGAUAUGCAUGAAAAGAAAUUCAAGGAUGAUAUGCAGAGGGUGUUGAGGUGGAAGGUGGCUCUCAAAGAGGCAGCCAAUUUGUCCGGUUGGCAUUUGAACAAUGGGCAUGAGUCCGAUUUUAUCCAGAGCAUUGUUGAAGAGAUAUCAGAUAGAAUAUUGAAGUGCACAUUUUUAGAUGUUGCGAAGUACCCAGUCGGAUUACAUUCUCACAUACAUGUCACGAGUAAGUUGUUGAGUGUUGGGUAUGAAGACGUUCGCAUGGUUGGAAUCCAUGGAAUUGGAGGAAUAGGUAAAACAACUAUUGCAAACGCUGUAUAUAACUUAUUUGCUGAUCAAUUUCAAAGUUGCAGCUUUCUUGCUAACGUACGAGAAACUACAGAGCGAUGCGGCCUUGUUCAAUUACAAGAAACACUUCUAUCUGAGACCCUGGGCAAUACCAACUUAAAGGUUGGAAAUGAGGAUAGAGGAAUUAAUGUAAUAAAAGAGAGGCUCUGCCAUAAGAAGGUUCUUUUAGUUCUUGAUGAUGUCAAUAAGUUGGAACAACUUGAGAAAUUGGCAGGAGAUAAGAAUUGGUUUGGUCCAGGAAGUAGAAUCAUUAUUACAACUAGAGAUCAACAUGUUCUAGUUAAACAUGGGGUAGAAAGAACAUACCAGGUCCAAGGAUUAAGUCAUGCUGAUGCGCUUCAACUUCUUAGUUGGCAUGCAUUCAAGAAAUCUUAUCCUGAAAAAGGGUAUGAGAUGCUCAUGGAUCGCGUGGUUCAGUACGCCAAGGGCCUUCCCUUGGUUCUAGUGGUGCUGGGAUCUCUCCCAUAUCGUAGAAGCAAAGCUGAAUGGGAAAGCACAAUAUGUAAAUUACAAAGAAGUCUUCAUAAAGAGAUCUACGAAAUACUUAAGAUUAGCUUUGAUGCACUGGAGGACAAUGAGAAGGCUAUCUUCCUUGAUAUUGCGUGUUUCUUUAAGGGACAAAAGAAAGAUUAUGUAACUAAAGUUUUGGAAGCAAGCGAUUUUGAUCCAGUUAUUGGAAUACAAGUUCUCACUGAAAGAUAUUUGGUGCAUGUUGGAUAUGAAAACGAAUUGCAGAUGCAUGACGUGAUACAAUUGAUGGGUAGGAAUAUUGUUCAUCAAGAAUCUCCCGAUGAGCCAGGAAAGCCUAGCCGAUUAUGGUCUCAUGAGGAUAUUCUCCACGUUCUAAUUGAAAACAUGGGAACUAAUGCAAUUCAAGGCAUAAAGCUAGAUUUGCCCGGGCAAAAAAAUAUUUUGCUGAAUCCUAGAGCCUUUACAAAAAUGAAAAGGCUUAGACUGCUUAUAAUCCGUCAUGCAUGCUUUUCAGAGGGUCCUAAAAGUUUGUCUAAUGAGCUAAGAUUGCUUGAUUGGCCUGGAUACCCGUCACCAUCUUUGCCAUCCAAUUUUCAUCCUCAGAAACUUGUUACUCUCAACAUGUGUCACAGUAAAAUCAAGCAAUUUGAAGGAAUAAAGGUUUGUGAAAAUUUGAGAAAAAUAAAUUUUUCUUGCUGUGAAUACUUGACGUGCAUCCCUGAUGCCUCAAUGAUGGCAAAUCUUGAGGGGUUGGAUCUUAGAGGCUGUUGUAAUUUAGUUGAGAUUCAUCAAUCUGUUGGAUUUCUAAACAAACUGUCUAGUUUGGAUGUUAGAAAUUGCUCUAAACUUAGACGUCUUCCUAACCUGAAGUUGCCACGUCUUCAAUUCCUAGAAUGUCAUGUGGGCACAAGUAUUGAGAAAUUUCCAAAUAUUGUGGGAGAAAUUCCUCGAUUAUGGAAAAUUCUUUUUUUCAAAAGUCCCAUUCAAGAACUGCCUUCGUCAGUUGAAUAUCUCAUUGGGCUUGAAUGGAUAAAAAUACAUUCAUGCAAGAAGCUUAGAGAUCUCCCUAUAAGCAUUUCUAAGUUGCCACGUCUCAAGUGUCUUUGUCUUUGGGGUUGCACAAACCUCGGAAGGUUUCAAAAAUCGUCGUCGUCAUCAUCAAGUUUGGGCUGGCUGGCUUCGUUAAAGAGGAACAAAAUUGAAGAUAUGAGGCUCUCUGUUGGGUUUCCAGCUUUGAUAGAGUUGGACAUCUCUUACUGUAAUCUAGUAGAAGUCGAUUUCCUCGAGAGUCUUCAUUGCCUUUCCACGCUAAAAUUCUUGGAUCUAUCAGGAAACAAUUUCGUUAGCAUCCCUGCAUGUAUCACGAGAUUUAUCCAUUUGCAAUCCCUUAGAUUGGAGGAUUGCGAGGGGCUUCGAGAAAUGAAUGCAAGUACUGGUGGCAAAUCCUUCAUCGAUAAUUUAACGAUGAUGAUUCCUAUGGUAUAUACAUUCUGUGGAAAAAUCGGAAUUAGAAUAAAAGUUGGAGGAGGGGAGUUACCAGAAUGGUUUCGGCAUCAAAGUAGGGAGAAUGAGAUGUGUUUCCGAAUGCCUCCACCUAAAAAAGCCAAGUUAGCAGGUUUGGUUAUCGGUAUUGUUUUGAAAUUGGAUGCUUUUAGACCGUCGCCCUGUCAUGACAAUGUGAUCAGGGUCUAUAUCAAUGGUCGAUUGUAUGAAUGGAUACUGAUGUACCCCCGCAGAGUAUUGGAAUCAGAUGAUGUCAUGUGGCUGUUGUGUGUUCCAAGUGGUAACUUGAAGGGACGGGGUGAGACCAAUGCAGGGGAUUACUUUCGAGUUUCACUUGAAUUUGUAGUCAAAGGCAGAAUAGAGGAGGGGAUAAAUUUAAUAAAAGAUUGGGGGUCCAUUUUGUAUUCGACAACACGGAUGAUGUUGAUGAUGAUGAUCCUAGGGUAA